CCUCAUGCCCAUCCCCUGAUCCCUCUACAUUUGCAAACAGCAAAACCAACAAGGUCAGGGGAAUGAAUGUCAGGAUGUGGGGGACGAUGAUGUACGGCGAGGGUGUAUCGUGGGCAACCACACCAAUUCCCCCUCUGCAACACCAGUACCACCCUCCAUCCUGUCCUCUCUCGCUAAAUUCCACCCCUUUAAGGCGCGCCUCCGAAACGUACAAUAUUAGCCGCCGACAUAGAUAUACAACGUGGUCGUUUGACCUACGCGACUAA